AUGGAUAAGAGAGUGGGUGGAGUUGUAUUAAUAUUGAUCGGUACUGCAUCGUCUGCAAACUGUGCAAAGGAAUGUGGUGAAGAAGGUGAUUUCUGUGGAAAGAAUUACAAAGAUUCAAAUGAUACAGAAGUUAAAGCUUGUGGUGUUGGUUUCUAUUGUGAUAAUCAAGCCUCUAUUUGUAGAAAGAAGAUUGCUGACCAAGAACCAUGUAAAUUCAGAGAUUCUUGUUUGAAUCCAAACUCUCAAUGUGUUCAAGCUCAAAGAAAAAUAUGUUUGACUGCUCAUUAUAGAGGUAUUGGGGAAUCAUGUAAUGGAACUGCUCAAUGUACUCAACCAUUGUUAUGUACGAAACAUGUUUGUACAAAGAGAUCACAAGAUCAUUGUAUUAGCAACAAUGAAUGUAAGGGAGAAGACUAUUGCUCUUUGGGUGGUGUUUGUUUGCCUCUACCGGACAGAGGAGAAGACUGUGAACUGCAAAUUGGUUGUGCUCAUGGUUAUAUCUGUGGUAUGAAAGAUCCAAAGUCAUUCUAUGGAAAGUGUAUACCGCUCCAUUCGAAACAGGAUCAAAGCUAUUGCAAUUCAGACAAUGAAUGUGAUAUCUCCGAAGGCCUCUAUUGUAAAACCAAUCUUUGUUCUAAAUACUAUCCAAGUGAUGAGACCAAAGAUUGUUUGAUUUUCGGUUGUGAUUUGUCCAUAGAGCAAUGUGUGUGUAGUUAUAGCAAUGUUAAAAGGGAGAUCAUUAUUAUGUCACAACCACCAGAACCAACACCCAGUCUCAAUGUUACACAGAGAUUCAACCAAACUAGGGGCCCAAGACCAACCAGACCAAGAGCAUUCAAUGGCGUGAAUCCAGAACAGAAUGACAUUGGUUCCGAGGACAAUGUGAAACCAGAGCUGAGAGAGGGUUACAAUAAUAUGGCGACCAACGGAUACAAAACACCACAACCAAGCUCAAACUCAACCAACCAAUGCAAGCCCAAGUUUGUCUUUAGCAAAGAGUGCAAGGAUUUGGCUAUUCGCGCUUCUCUCUGCAAAUGGGAAUCACAUUGUCCAAGAGUGGACAAUGAAAAUCUAGAGUCAUGUAUCACCCGAAGAUGUGGUCUCUACAACUCUUGCUACAAAUUCAAAUGUGUUCUUCACAGCAAUUGCUAUCCUUAUAACGGUGCAUGCGAAAUACUCGACAAACUGAUGGCCAGUCAACAACACAAGAGUGGAUCGAGCCGACAACUUUCCAACUUUAGUUUUUCACUUUUAUCAAUUGCAAUUGUUUCCAUUUUAUUAUUUAUACUUUAA